AUUGCUUUGAAACGGAUCACACUCAUGUCCUAGCUAGCUAGCCAGUACUCUCUACGCAAAUGUUUUUAGUAUAAAACUUUCGUGAGCUACUCGAGUUCAUCCUUUUUAUGGGAGGAGUAACCGAAACCUUUUAUACAACAAAUAUAAACCAUUCCUUAUCUUCCCCUUGGUCUUCUGAAUUUAGCUAGAGAUAUAAAUUAUGGCGAAAAGGGGCCUAACCAGGCCAUGUAUUCUUCUCAUAGUGAUUGCAGGGUUGGAGAGGUUUGCGUUUAAAGGAGUAGCGUCGAAUUUGGUGACAUAUCUGACAGAUGUGAUGAAGAUGAGCAAUUCAUCGGCUGCUCGGACUGUGAAUAGCUGGUGUGGCUUCACUUCUAUGUUACCUCUCUUGGUUGCACCCUUUGUAGAUUCUUAUUGGGAUCGUUAUUGCACUAUUUUAGCUUCUUCUUCGCUCUAUGCUUUGGGGCUCUUGGCAUUAACUUCAACAGCAUUGGAUUGGCCAUGGUCACAUUCGAAUGAAAAGAGCUCCAUGUCUCUCUUUUGGUCUCUGUACAUGAUUUCACUAGGCCAAGGAGGGUACAAUCCAUCUUUACAGGCCUUCGGAGCGGAUCAACUAAAUAUUGAAGACGAGCUACCAAGCACUAAAGCUGAUGAAGAUGAGAAUUCUGAGACAAAAAGUUUAUUUUUUCAGUGGUGGUACUUCGGUAUAUGUAUAGGCAGCCUUAUGGGAAUUUCAGUCCUGGCAUAUAUACAAGAUACAUUAGGAUGGGGACUGGGAUUUGCAAUCCCAACUAUGGCUAUGGUCACUUCUAUACUGCUAUUUUCUUGCGGGACUAGAUUUUAUGUUUAUAAGCAAGCCAAGACCGUGGAUAUGAAAUUUCUUCACAAUGUUUUUCAGAAUGUCAAAGCUACUGCCUUUAGAAUGAUCCGAAUGAAGAAGAGGGGAAUUAUCUUGUCAAAUAGCAAUUCUGAUGUUAUUGAACUAGAGCUUCAAGAAAAGCCACUUUGUCAAGAAGAUCAAGAUAAAACUGAGAGCUUGGAAGAGAUGCCAAAGAAUGGCUAUUAUUUGCUUGAAAUAGCCAGAGUUAUACUAAGACUCCUGCCUAUAUGGACAAUGCUUUUGAUGUUUGCUGUAAUUUUCCAGCAGCCCCCUACAUUUUUCACCAAGCAAGGCAUGACCAUGAAGAGAAACAUUGGCAGCCAUUUCAAGAUUCCACCAGCAACGCUCCAGAGCGCUAUCACACUAUCUAUUAUUUUCCUGAUGCCUUUCUAUGAUUCAUUCUUCAUUCCAUUUGCACGAUUCAUCACACGAAAUGAGAAAGGCAUUAGUGUGAUGCAGAGGAUGGGAAUUGGAAUGUUUCUAUCAGUUAUAGCCAUGAUACUGGCAGCACUGGUCGAGACCAAGAGACUUGAGCUCAGUAAGAACCUUAAAGUUUCAGACCCAAAAUCAGAAACAGUGGUCUUAAGUAUCUUUUGGUUACUACCUCAGUACAUAAUCCUGGGAAUUUCUGAUAUUUUUACAGUGGUUGGUAUGCAAGAAUUUUUCUACUCUGAAGUACCGGUAAGUAUGAGAACAAUGGGGAUAGCCUUAUACACCAGUGUAUUCGGUGUGGGAAGUUUCUUAAGUGCUUUACUUAUAUCAUUGGUUGAGCAUUUUACAAGCUCUGAUGGAGGAAAGCAGGGGUGGUUUUCAGAUGACAUGGGAGAAGCAAGAUUGGACAAAUAUUACUGGCUUCUAGCUUUCUCUAGUGCAGUGAGUUUGAUAAUGUUUAUUGUGCUUUGUAGGUUUUUUAAGAGUAGGACAUGAAUAUCUCUGUAACAAGAUAGGUGGGAUUUAGCAAAGAUUGUGGUGGAACAAGAAAAUUUGUUAUUUGGUUUGUUUACUUGUUUUCAUUGAAUUUUAGCAGACAUGAUCGUUGUUUCUGUUUCUUAA